UCAGGGGACCACGUCUCGCGGUAGCUGAUUCCCAGGCUCCACCCCUUGCACCCCUCCAGCCUUUGUUGGCAAACAGUUCUGGCGACCCGGGCUCGGGGACGUCUGCUUCGGCGAGGUCGUCGCAGCGCGGUGCACGGCGCGCAGUCCUGUAACCAGCCGUUCCAGUUAAAUAAAGUAGCGAGGUGUGAGCGCUCCUGCCUCCGCAGCCUUCGGUGCCCCACCGGCUUACAGACGGGCUCGCAGCCCCAGGAAGGGAGCGAUCAGGGGCGCAGGUGGUGUGCUGCGUGCUUGGGACUCACAGAUGAGAACCUCAAGAAUGAAAUCACACCAGCGGUGAACUACACUAAGGAAAAACACCUUCCAGCAAGUUUGCACAUGACAUUUGUCACGUGCACAGGCUUGUCAUGCACAAAUCACCUACAACAACAAAGAGGAUUAUGGAGAGUUGGUGGCCAUCGCACGGGACCUUCACACGGGACCUUUUUGUGCUUCGGAUUUUCAAUCAGGUACCAUUACAAUGAUCAUCGUCACAGGAAAGGUUGCCUCCUGACCCCACCCCACCUACAGGCCACCAUCCUCAAGCCAAAGAAAGGACGGAUGCCAACACAGCUGCAGGAGACCUGGGGUCAGAGAAGAGAGCAGAGGAAGAAACAGAAUCCAAGGACAGAAGAAGAGGAUAAAGGGGAUUUUGAAAAGGCCCACAGAUCUCUUCUCCGGGCCGUGUUUCCGGAGGGCUCUCCCAUGCGAAGUGCGAGGGGCCGGGAGCAGCUGCCUUUCCAGGGGGCGAAAGCGAAGCGCCUCGUCUCGGCGUCCACCUCUGCCAACCCGCAGACGCACGCGUGGAAACAGACAUAACGGUCCCAACGAGGGGAGAGACGGGCUCCGAACUGCAGGUUUCCGCUCGUCUCUUUCAGCAUUUGGAGGAAGAGUAAGCGCCACGCAUCCGGGGCAUUUCGGGCACGUCUCAUUUCUAAGGUGCUCUUCUUUAAAAAGCCAAAGUCCUCAAGAGGCUUUUAAGGCUAUUGCUGCCUGUUCCGUGGAUCUCUGCCUCCUGGAGACGUUGGCUGUCCGGUCAAGGACAGGAGGGCAGGUGCCUGUGCGCCGCUCUGGACUGCCCGGACGCCCCGAGGGGUCUGCCUUCUGCUCCUCCCUCCAACCUCUGCUCCAACCGGUGUUGUCCCACGGGCAUCGAGGCCACACUGGCUUCCCUUCCUUUUCCAGAGCAAGCCAAGCUGCGCCCACCACCAGGCCACCAGGAUGUCUGUCUGUCUGUCCCUCACGCCCUCUUCCCUGGCCCGUUGCCCUUGUUUCUCUCUCCACGUCUUCCUCGCAGCCCUGGGAGCCUUUCACAUUCACUCAGGUCCCUCUGUUACACAGUUCAGGGGCCCCCCGUGCCUCUCUGAGUCACAAGCAAUUGUUUGUGUGGCAAUGUCUCUGUCGAGAGGAGGGUCGGCUGCAUGAGGACAGAGGCGGACUUGACUGCGUCCGUCACCGUCUCCAGCACAAUUGCCAGAUGGUGGCCCUUCUCUGACUGACCAAGUCUCCAAAGUAUCCAUUACCCAAAAGCUUCUCUGGAAACCAUUUGAAAGGUUUAUGGCAAUUCAUGUCUCGGCAAGAUAAUAAAAUGGUUCGGUCCUUACAAUGACAAUGUCCCCUGUAACUUGAAUUUGGGGUAUCAGGCCCGUUAGCAGAGUCAAGGGUUUUUGUAAACGUUACAGUGAGUUCGCAUCUGCCUUUCAAUUCCAUAAACUUCCCAGUUGGUGAAGUUCUUUUUGUUUUUCAGAGAGUCUUAGCCGUCUGGAUCCACUGAAUUGUUUUCUUGAGCAGAAGGGAGAGAGAUGCAGUUAAUUUUCCAGAGACUGCAGCAUAGGGUUGCAACCCAAAAUGUGCUUCCAUUACAGAUGCAAGAGUGCUUUUCCAGACGGUGUGCAAACGUGUUGUGCGUCCAUUAAAAUGUCCAUCAGUACCAUACAAAUCAUGAAUCGUAAUAAAAAGUGUAGUCAAGUCACCUUGAUCUGGUUGCUAUCUGCAGAAAGAACCCAGAUAGUUUACCUUCAUGGGAUGAAAUGAAAAUAUGUUUUGUAAUGUCUGGCAGAUGCCUGAGAAUUUCUCAGUGUGCAACAUUUUACACGCAGACGGAAGUGAAGUUGCGCAGGGUUUGUGGAUGUCGACGCGAAGAAGAAACAUUCAUCUAGCAGAGUGACACCGGAAAGACGCCCCUAUGGGCAGGUCCGAGAGUUUGUGGGGGCGUCUCAGGUGGACGUGAAUGCACACAUGCGUGAGAGCAUGUCUGCAGAGCGCCCCUAGUCCCACCCCUUUCUCUCCCUCAAAAGAUUUCUCUCCCGUCAUUAAUUUAACAAGGAAUGGCCUAUUGCACUGGAAAUGCAUGCAAGAGAGACUCAUCUACCUUCCCCAAACUCCUUAACACUUCAGAUAUGCAAAAUCUAAAAGUCAAAGUACACAACAACAGUUAAGUCAAAAAAAAAAAACUUGAGCAGGGGCUCCUGGGUGGCUCAGUGUAGGUUAAGCCUCUGCCUUGGGCUCAGGUCAUGAUCUCAGGGUCCUGGGAUGGGGCCCCGCAUCGGGCUCUCUGCUCAGCAGGGAGUCUUCCCCCACACACCGCCCCCCCCCCCCGCUUGCCUCUCUGCCUACUUGUGAUCUCUGUCAAAUA